AUGGUCGUAAUGGAGGGCUUCGCCAAUACAAAAAAGGAUGUCGGCCGAAGAGUCAUGGUAGUUGCCGACCCUACCAGAGAAUCUGCAGCUGCCCUACAAUAUGCCCUUGGCCAUGUAAUACUUGACAAGGACGAAUUGAUCCUAAUACAUGUAAUCAGCCCUUGUCCUAGGAAGGGUUCAAUCAAUUUGUAUUUCAGCACCUUCUUCCGAAAGCCGCAGCUUGAACCUUCAGAUUCUCCUACUCAAGGUGGUGCCAGUGGUACCGCUGGAGGUAUAUUUGGUUAUAGCGGUGGCAUUUUCGGAGGUGCUGGUGGUGGAGGCAUUUUUGGUGGUGGUGGUGGUGGAGUUAGUGACGGCAAUGGAGGUGGGAAGGAUGGGGAUUUUCUAAAGACAAUGCAAAGGGCAUGCGAGACAGCCCACCCCGAAAUGAAGGUUCAAGUUGAAAAGGUAGAGCAAGGAUGCGUGGACAAGGCUACUACUGUUUUAACUCACAGUAAUUUGUUAGCCAUUGACCUUCUUAUCAUCGGUCAACGUCGAAAUCCUUCCAAUAUUUUCUUAGGAGGUAAAAAAAAUGGAGGAUCAAAAGUAGUAGACACGGCCGAGUUUCUGAUAGAAAACAGCUUAUGCACUUGUGUUGGAGUUCAGAAGAAGAGUCAGAAUGCAGGUUAUCUUCUCAACACCAGAAACCACAAGAAUUUCUGGCUUCUGGCGUAA